AUGGCCGAUAAAACAAAAGGAAGCGCUACGGCUCGUAAGCCAGUGUUCUUUUUCGACAUCGACAACUGUCUGUACUCUAGAAGUCACAGAAUCCACAACCUCAUGGCAAAGCUUAUCGAGCAGUAUUUUGAGACCCACUUAUCACUGGGAGAGGAGGAAGCCUCCAGAUUGACGAGAGAAUACUACAAGACAUACGGCCUGGCAAUCGAAGGCUUAGUCCGCCAUCAUGAAAUAGACCCAUUGGACUUCAACGCAAAGGUGGAUGACGCGUUGCCUCUCGACGACAUCCUAAAGCCCGAUGCAGACCUCCGAGCGCUGUUGGAGGAUAUCGACACCAGCAAAGUCAAACUCUGGCUCUUCACGAAUGCCUACGUCAACCACGGAAAGCGGGUUGUGCGACUUCUUGGAAUCGAUGACCUAUUUGAUGGUCUGACCUACUGCGACUACGCCCAGUACCCAUUCGUCUGCAAACCAGCCAAGGAGAUGUUCCGCAGGGCCAUGGAACAGGCAGGGGUUGAAAACCCGGGAGACUGUUACUUUGUUGAUGAUUCCUACGAUAAUUGCAAGAGCGCGAAAGAGCUCGGAUGGACGGCCGCCCAUCUCGUCGAAGAAGGGUUGCCUAUUCCCGAGACACAGGCUUCCCAAUUCCAAAUUCGUCAUAUAAGAGAGCUUCGUGACGUUUACCCUCAAUUCUUCAGGUCCAGCGCCUUGAAAAAUUAG